GUUUACGGUGCACGCAGCUUGCCGAAUCCUGCCUCAACGGAGGCAAGUGUGAAACUUUUCUCAACGGGACAGAGGUGUGCCAGUGUAGCAGUGCCUACGUGGGUGAGCGGUGCCAGUUGCCCAACCCCUGCCUGAGCUCCCCCUGCAAGAACGCCGGCACCUGCAUCCCAGCAGUGCGCGGCAGCACCGUGGACUACACUUGUGUCUGCCGCCUGGGCUUCACCGACGAGCUCUGCUUGACGCCCCGCGACAACGUCUGCCUCAGCAACCCCUGUCGUAAUGGAGGCACCUGUGACCUGCUGACACUCAGCGAGUACAAGUGCCGCUGCCCGCCGGGGUGGUCAGGCAAAACCUGCCAGCAGGCUGACCCCUGUGCCUCCAACCCCUGUGCCAACGGGGGCCAGUGCGUCCCCUUCGAAGCCCACUACGUCUGCCGCUGCACUGCCGGCUUCCACGGGGCCAACUGCAAGCAGGACGUGAACGAGUGUAGCAUCUCACCACCCGUCUGCAAGAAUGGCGGGAAAAAAAACCCCAACGGGGGGGGCCCCUACCAGGGCUCCUGCAAGCCGGCAUACACCGGGCAGAACUGCGAGCACCUCUACGUGCCCUGCAACCCCUCGCCUUGCCAGAACGGGGGAACGUGCCGCCAGAUCGGAGACACCACCUACGACUGCACAUGCCUGCCGGGGUUCACGGGCCAGAACUGUGAAGAGAACAUCAAUGACUGUCCAGGCAACAACUGCAAGAAUGGUGGUACCUGCGUGGAUGGUGUCAACACCUACAACUGUUUGCUGUGCCACCUCGAUGACGCCUGCAUCAGCAACCCCUGCAAUGAAGGCUCCAACUGCGACACCAACCCCGUCAACGGCAAAGCCAUCUGCACGUGUCCUUCAGGGUACAUGGGGCCAGCCUGCAACCAGGACGAGCCAACCCUUGUGAGCAUGCGGGGAAAUGCAUCAACACCCAGGGGUCCUUCCAGUGCCAGUGUCUGCAGGGCUACUCGGGCCCAUGUCAAUGAGUGUCUCCCCAACCCCUGCCAGAACGAUGCCACCUGCCUGGACCAGAUUGGGGAGUUCCAGUGCAUCUGCAUGCCUGGUUACGAGGGGAUUUACUGUGAGAUCAACACGGAUGAGUGUGCCAGCAGCCCCUGCCUGCACAACGGCAACUGCCUCGACAAGAUCAACGAGUUCCACUGCGAGUGCCCCACCGGCUUCAAUGGGCACCUGUGCCAGUUCGACAUCGACGAGUGUGCCAGCACUCCCUGCAAGAACGGUGCCAAGUGUGUGGAUGGUCCCAACACCUACAGCUGCGAGUGCACCGAAGAGUUACUAACAAGUGCCCACCUCCUGUGCCAGUUCGACAUCGACGAGUGUGCCAGCACUCCCUGCAAGAACGGUGCCAAGUGUGUGGAUGGUCCCAACACCUACAGCUGCGAGUGCACCGAAG